UAUCUUCAGAGUUGAAAUUCAGAGAAACUAUCCUCUGGCAAACUAUUAUUGGAAGGAUAGCUUGCUCUGCUUUGAAAAGAGCUCUUCGUGGUUGCUUAUGCCUAUUUUUUUGUUGAAAUUUUGGACAUUUAUUAUAGUUAUUGCUCAUUAACCCGAUUAAAACUUCAGGAGACACUUAGCAAUCAUCAAUAAUAUGUUAAAAUUUUUGUAAAUAUCAAUCGUUGUGAGAGUCGUAGAGAUCUAGCAAAAUUAUUAGUUCAACACUUCAACAUUGAUUGUUCCAGACAUUGCCUCUAGAAUAGCAUUGACAAAUGGAAGAGGAAUUUGUCCGAUUGCCUGUUAAGUAUCUUUCAUAAUGAUAAAUGCACUCAAGACAGUUUGUAGUGCAAAUUCUUCAUAAACUUUGAUUUCACUAGAGAGCAUUGCAUAGAGUUUAAGUGUGACCACCAAUUUAUACUAGCGACUUCAUAGAGUAUUGGGUGAAAAUAUUUUUGAAGUGGGUGGUAAGUUAAAUGAUUUCUGGCAUGAGAGAACUGAAUGAGGCUUAUCCAUUGCAUUGUGAAUAUCAUUUCGAAACUAUUUGACCAUUGUUGCUCAAGUAAAACAAUUGCUAGACUUGUCUUUAGAGGUAAAUUAUCAUUUCAAACAAGGAAAGUUUAGUAUUUUACAAAGAUAUUUGAAAAUGAUAUCAAUGAUAUUGAGAUUAAUGUGAAAAGCAUUAUCAAAAAGUUUAGAGGGUUAAAAUAAUGAUAUGAAGCUCCAAAUGCAUUGACUUAAUGAUUUCUUUGACUUUCUCAGUCUGUGUUAUUUCUUCGGAGCACUACAUCUGAUCGAACGUCAAGCAGUAUUUCAGAAGAAAAUAUCCCAAAUUAUUAACACAAAUGAUCCAGAAAAUUUUACUGCUGUUUGAUCCUCAACUUUUUUGCUAGAAGAAAAGAUAUUAGUAUUGGAGAAAGGUUUCGCAUCAAUGCUAACUUGUUUGAUUUGCCUAUCUCAAUUACGAUUAUAGAGUUAUCUUUGACAUUCCCGAUGUUAUAGUUCUUAAGACACACUUCAAAUAUUAAGUAGUGUGAGAAGAUUAAACAAUGAUAAUUCUUGAGAUUACUUGUUUAAUGAAAGAUAGGAAUUGGUUUAUUUUGAUACUUUACCCUAAGAAAAGCCUAUGAGAAGUUCAUAGUUUCUUGAAAUAUUAAUCUUUGAAGCAUUACCAAAUAAGGUAAGUACAUUCAUCCCAUUUUUCAAUAAGGGAAUUUGACUCCUCUAAUCAACCCAUGUUUCUAAAGUACCUUUAUGGUAGAAAUAGCCAAGGUCAUAAACAGUAGGAAUAUUCAGUAAUUUCGAUACAUAAUCAGUAUCCUUGAAGUUCUGGUUCUAAAUGAUCUCAGUAAUUGAGGGUAUCUCUUUUAAGAUUCGCUCUUUGAGAUUUUUUCAACAUAUUCCAAAAUAUAGCUUCUUAGAGUUUGAAGAGGGACUACUUUGAUAUAGCUUAAAAAUUUAGUGAGGAGAAGUCUAGCAUAGUGGGAUAAUCGUUGAGAUUACAAUUGGAAUCACAUCAUUUACUCUAUUGUAUUCGAAGUCAAUGGUCUUCCCAUAUGAUUGCUUAGUGGGAAGCUAGGAUUUAGAUAGUUUUGGUGGUUUUAUGCUCUGUGAAAGAAGAUAGAGAUCUUGAAAUAAUAUGAAAUGACAAGGCUAUUGUAUUCUCUAAGGUACUUAACAUGCAAAUAUCCUUCAUUUAUCUUAUAAACACCAUCAAAUGGCUAAAUUUAAGAGUGUAUUUCGAAAAUAUGCAACUACAGACCACCCUCCGCUUUAAAUACCAAAAUGUCAAUUUUUUAGACUUUAAAGAAUAAUUCGAUGUAUUUCUUGUUUAUUUUAUACUACCCUCAUAUCUUACUCUGCAUAUAGAUAAAGAGGCUUCAAGCAAGUAAGAGCAGGGAAAAUUAGUCUUAAAUUAUUUCCAUUGAUUGUGUAAUUUUUACUUAGUAGCAGAAUAUUACUUUAAAAAAAGUAUGCUUCCCUUGUAAAGAACUACAUAAUUGGGAACAUAGUACGAUUAGGGAAGGCGCUACUGAUGAAUUUGUUGAUGCUGAUUAAUUGAGCAGAGAUUUUAUGAGAUUAGGGACUAGAUAAAAUAAUUUUGAAAAUUUACCUUUCGGGUAUGCUCCUCAUCCUCAGUCUUAAGGUUUAAAUAAGAGUACUUUCUUAAACAAGCUACAUUUUUGUAUUUUUAUUUAAACUAAAGAAAUGGCAAGAAUAAUAAUUAUUAUACUUUUUCCCUUUUAAUGACUCUCUCGAUAAGCCUAUCAGACACCUCUCUAUACAUAAUCUGUGCAUCAUAGGGAAGUUUUGCAGCUAAUGAAGUUAUAAAUUUAAGGUUGUCUCUUCCGACUUUCAAAAUAAUCGUUUUGAAGACCAUACAGGCUAGGGUUGUCUUCAUGAGUUAUUUUAGAUACAGAAAUAUCUCCUUGUAGCAAUGCUUCUCUAAGGAGACACAGCAGUUAAACAUCUCUUCCACAACUUAACUUCCCUAAGCAUCUGAGCAGUCAGAGUCGAGGUUCUGACAAUAUUUGCAAAGGUUUUAGGCCAAAGUGUCUCUCUAACUUUAAGAUCUGUACUCAGUUGUGUAAUAUACUUUAAAAUUUUCUAGCACCCAGUUAAUAAACUGUUUCAGUCUUCAUUGAUAGCAAUGCUUGAUGUGAGUAUGUUUAUUAGAGAAGGAAAAAGGAUACCAGAAAGAUACCCAAUCGCACUAGUGUACUUUAAUUAUGAUCUCAAUAAAUCUUCAUUUGAUAAAACUUUGGACAAUUUAGCAAGAACAAUUCUUGGAUGAACCAUGCCAGGGCUGACUGUUGGUUUUCCUGAAAUUUUUACUAAAAACGAGUAUCAGUUUAUUCGAAUUGAUGCUUCUUUAAAUAUGACUACAUAUUGUGCUAUGAGGCAAAAAAGAUAUUAUUGUUAGUGCACAUAUUUGGUAGACUUUACUCAUAAUUUUUAAAGGGACAAAUAUCCUUGAAAUUUGUUCCUUCAGAAAUAAUAUGAUUUGGCAAAGAGGAAGAACAUUGAUAAAACUUUCUAACUAAUUUUGAGUCAGAUUUCUGAACUUCAUUAGCUGCUUCCCUUAAAUUACAAUUGAUUAUUUUUAAGUUGAGGGAUAAAGGCCUAAAUAUGUCUUCUUUCUCCAUUAUCCUUAGGGGAUAUUGUGAAAUAAAUUAAUGAUGAAGAUCAGGCUGUCCCAUAUAUUCAUUCUUGAUCAAAGCGUAUAAUCUCUUUCAAACGCUUAUCCUUUCAUUGUUGCAUCUUUUAUUUAAUAAUUUGAUGAUUUAUUGUUGGAUACUUCAAUAUCAAACUAUUAAUUAGGGGUUUUGGGGUUUUG